CACAUCAAGACAAGUCACGGACUUGGAACGUCUCACAGGCCACCAGUUACUCCUCCGCCAUCAGAAGCACCCACGAGAGAGAGCAUCAUGAAGACCAGUUCCACACCGCGUAGCUCGUUCAUGUCAACUGCGUCCCCGCGAAUGUCCUCGUCGCCAUCCUUGAACCUCGACGAUGUGAACAUCAAGACGUGGAUUCUCAACUCGAGUUUGAUCGACAACAUCACGUACUACCGCAUCUUGGUUCGCCGCGGCUCCACGAACGUGAUCCAAGAGACAAAGCGUCGGUACAAUGACUUUCUCGAGUUCCGCGACAACCUCUUGGAUCUAUUCGAGGCCAUGCCGACAUGUCCUCGGUGCAUGAACAUUGCCAAGGCCGUCGCUGCGUUUGAAUUCCCCAAGAAGCACUUCUUCUCGGCAAAAUCCAAAGUCGUCAUCAACUACCGUAUGCAAGCGUUCCGCAACUUCAUCUCGAUGGUUGUGACCAAGGUGUUCAACCCGUCGCCGAAAUGCCCGACCUGCGGCGGCCAAGUGAUCACCCUUGUCCUGCGCUUCCUCUUGCGGCAUGCCACCAUCUUGCCCGAGAAUCAAAUCCCCCGAGACAUGCCACGACAUACCAUAACCACCCCCAGCUCGACCCGGAGCGACGCGACUGCUGCAAGCUUCUGCAACUUUCCUCGCUCAACGUCGGCGCCCAUGUCGAGUCUGCGCGGGAGCAUCACAACGUCGACGUCAUUGUCGAAUGGUCCCGCUGCAUAUCCCUCUUCUGCGCAUCGUCCGCUCGUGCAUGCAGCGUCCGCUGGCGCGCUGCUUCCGUCGAGCACCCUCACGGCGGCGCCGGCGUCCAAGUUUUCAUCCUUGCAGCGAUACUCGGUCCCGCAGGAAGAGCAAGAAGAUAUGUAUGACGACUUUGAUGAAGAUAUCACGAAACAAAAGCAACUGGUGCGCCCUCCGGCCACGUUUGACAGCUUUUUGCACGACAAGGACAGCAAUCGCAGCUACUCUGCUGUGUCUGAUGACUUCGACGAUCUGCAUGCUGAUGGGACGACCUCAGCGACUGCUGGCGCCGUUGAACAGCCCGAAGGCGAACGCACCAGCGACAGCUCGGACGACGAGAUUGAAAUGACCGGUGUCUUCACCACGAUCAAGUAGGAACGGGGAAGUGUUACAUGUGGCCUAAGUUAUUUACAUGGUAUGCAUAUAGUUGUGCAAGUUAUAGUGAACAAAAAGUCUGGCGAAUGUUUCCAGCGUAACUUGUACUAUAACUCCUCGAAGUACUUGAAGAGGUUUUUGACCACUUGUAUCUCAGUCAAAAUAGGUUAUUGCCUUGAUAAUACUGGGUAUUAUACUUCGAUGUAGAGAAUUUCACUAGAAAUCCGAUGUUACUCCUUCGAGAGUCCUAAUUAGAAUAAUUCGAAUAUCUUGUUAUGGUCAAAACCGAUCAGGCAUGAUGCUCAAGUUUCACUGUGCUUCCGUAUAAUAUCUGUAAACCUA